AUGCCAUCCAGACUGAGGAAGACCCAGAAACUCCGGAGCCACGUGAGCCAUGUCCACGGCCGCAUCUGUAAGCACCGCAAGCACCCAGGAGGCCUCGGGAAUGCUGGAGGCGUGCCCCACCACAGGAUCAACUUUGACAAACAUCAUCCAGGUGACUUCGGGAAAAUUGGUAUGAGGCAUUACCACUUGAAGAGGAACCAGAGCUUCUGCCCAGCUGUCAACCUGGAUAAAUUAUGGACGUUGGUUAGUGAGAAGACGCGGGUCAACGCAGCCAAAAACAAGACGGGCGCUGCUCCAGUCAUUGAUGUUGUGAGAUCUGGCUACUACAAAGUUCUGGGCAAGGGAAAGCUCCCUAGGCAACUGUCAUCGUGA